UGUCACACGAUGAGUUUAACAAAACAGUCAAGCAGUAGCGCGACCCGUGCCCGCAAACGGUCCAGCGAGAAAAAAUCGCUGAUCGAGUUAUUCGGCGAAGAAACAGUCGAAAAGGUGGCAACGUCCUCAUCUUUAGAUGUCAAAGACGUAAAACCUACCAAUUACCAAGACGAGCUGGUAUUUCUUUUUUUCACAAGUAUGUUAGACAUAGUGGUCGACCGUUGGGAGUCGAUACCCUCGGAGAAUCCCUGUCCGUGUAAACCACCCGAAUGCAAAGAACGCAAAGAGGCUUCCAGUACCAGCACGCUAAGUCUGCGGAGAGAAAGUGACGAAAGCCACAAAUCGGGUAGGCGUGAUUCUCCAAAACGCAAGCUGUCGAUAAUCAGCGAAAAGUCGCAAGCUUCGAGUAAUAACAGCCGAUCUAGUAUGAGAAGAAAUUCAAAAAAGAGUGCGUCGCGUGACAGUUUGGCUAAAAAUCCCGUUGAUUCCCUUAGCGUACAAUGGAUUGUUAACGUGCCCGAUGAGAGUGCUGUAAUCAGGUUUAGAAAUGGCGAUUGUUACGAGGGAGGUACGAGUAAACGUGUAAUGCACGGUCGCGGGAAGUACAAAUGGGCCGAUGGUUCGAUUUAUGAGGGAGAUUUCGUUUGCGGGUUCGCAACCGGCCACGGCACGUUACAGUACCCCGAUUUGACCAUGUACACUGGAGAGUUUUGUAACAGUCUUCUACACGGUUAUGGAGUUAUCAAUGUUAGCGCGAGUACGUUACGUUAUUCGGGCAAUUGGAAGGGUGGCAAAAAGCACGGUCAGGGCUGGCUGCUUUACGAGACCGAUGACUGGUAUGACGGCGAAUGGUUUGAAGAUCAAAGGCAAGGCGUGGGCGUGCGCAGUUACAAGUCGGGUGAAAUAUAUCAAGGUCAUUGGAGUGGGGGAAGCCAGGAUGGUAGUGGUGUUUUUGUAUGGUGCAGCAAUGAUGUGUACAAAGGGAGAUGGACGAAUGGAAAAAUGAACGGUUACGGUGAGUACACGUGGAAUACAUUCAUCAACAGAUCCUUUACCUUCCCCGUGGAAAAUGUAUACAAAGGGAAUUGGACGGAUGGUACCAGAGAAGGGACCGGCACUAUGCAUUUCGGCUAUGACAAUGGUUUGAGCUUUGAUGGGGAAUGGGUACAUGACGAAAAACAUGGGAGCGGCACCCUUACUUGCGGAAACGGAACAGUGGUGCAUCAAGAUCCCCUAUUUCAAAAUGACAAAUUAAUCAUCGAACCAGGCGAAUUGCACAAGAACUGUUCGGCACCACACUCCAGUGCGCUAAUCUCGAGUCGUAGGAAUCUUUUAGAGUCGAAAAGUGACAAGCAAUUUGCCGCGCAUUUACCGGCGGAAACUACCGAUUUUUCCUACUAUUAUAGUUUGGCCGUGGAAAGAUACACAACGGAAUUGUACAAGAUUCAAUUAUCAACUGAUUAUCAACACUGCGAAGACGAAAGUCAAACGCUCAUUUCCAACUUCCAAAGUCACCAGUCUGAGGUGGAGAGGAGAGAAAUGCAGAACGCCAUACUCGCCAACCUUCCAAAGCUGUACAGGGUGUAUAAUAAGUACGCGACAAUCGCGACGAAUCACACUACAGAUUUUAAGCCAACGCUAAUACGUUACUUCCUGUGGCAAAUGUUACGAGACUUCGACUACAUCACUUCUGAUUACUCACUCGUCGAGAUUGAUUUGAUUUUAUUACAAAAUCCAAACAGCGGAUUGAAAUGGUGCCAUGAUCCGUUCGAGGAGGUCUUUUUUUGGCAAUUUCUGCAACUCCUAGUGUGUUUGGCGUGGAAAUUUCACGCGGCCGAGACGGUUACGGGAGACUGCAAAAAUGACGGCGUGCUCGCGACGAUCUUUGCAAGGUUUUUGACUGAUGUGGUUUAUGCCAGGCCUUACUUUACAAGUGCAUGCUCGCUGUUUGAGUAUCGUGAUGUGCUGCCUUUUAAACAGGUGUAUUCACUCUACAAGAGUUUAGGCGAGCCGCACUCUGCCCGAGAUUUUUUGAGUAAAAUCUGUACGUCACCCGGCUUUCCCAUCCCGUGUGAGAAUAGGGGCAAUUUUUCUCCGCAACAAGGAGUUAAUGCAAUCGCGAUUGGUGGAAAUUUAAUGUACCUAACAGAUGAAUCUGGCCCCUUUGUUGAAACAGCUCGGAACCCAAGCGGAGCCCCUUGUCAAAUUGAACUAUCUGUACUACAGUCCCUGCGUUCCAAGAGGAUAGUGCAAUGCUUAUGUGACGCCUGUCCGCAGAUGAAAAAGAACGGCGUGAUCAUCAACAUCGAAUAUCAGCUGACUUUUCUGGAAUUUUACGACACCUUGCUCAAGUGCGGGUUUGCCGUCGUCGAAUUGAAGAGGAAAAAUGAAGAGAGACUUCGCAAUAAAGCCGAGUUGCUAAAAAGUAUGGAGUCGAUCAAAUCGGGCUGCAUUAAAUCUAGUACCAAACUCAAAAAGUCUGUAAAAUAA